AUGCUCGUACAAGAACAUAACAUUCCAAUAACUGUCAAUGAAGAACAUUCUCUCCGUCUAUUUGAUUCUUCGUUAGAAAUUUCCUUCCAUAGAACCUUGAGAAUUCCCAAUGAUGGAAAAACUUAUCCUCUUCCAUGCUCUUUAGGUAGAUUUCCAAUAAAGAGAGUAGAAGAUUAUUCAAAAACAGUUCCUGCCCAUUGGUUAGAACAUGGUGGAGUAUUCAUUCCAUUAUAUCAGAGUGAAGCCAUGUGGAUUCAAUUUUCCUAUUCGAAUAGUUUCCACAACAUGCCAUUCUGUCAAUCAGAUGUAACCAACAAUGAUUUCCCACUUGCUGUUCAAAUGGGAGUUGGAAUGAUCAAUGCACUCACUGGAGAUGAAUGGGAUGAAUCAGAUUUUGGAAAGAAUAAGAAACAAAACUAUAUGGUUCUCCCUAAUCAAUUAUGGAUUGAUGGAAUUGCUUGUGAUGAAACAACUGUCAAGCAAUUUGUUGCCAUGCCACUUGGAAGUGGAAAAACAGUUGAGGAACAGUUGACUGGAAAUGCUGAUUAUGGUGGAAUUCAAUUUAGGAUUUAUCAAGCAAGAAAAGAUGCACUUUCACAUUUACCACUUGAAAGACAAGUUAGAACUGUUGGUGGUGGAUCCAUGAAAGUUUUGGUCAAAACCUUAACAGGUAAAACUAUUGUUGUUUAUACAGAUUCAAAUGAUCAAAUUGAAGAUGUCAAGUAUGCAGUUCAGAUGGCAGAUGGAACUCCUCCAGAUCAACAACGAUUGAUUUUCGCUGGUAAACAAUUGGAAGAUGGAAGAACAUUGAAAGAUUACAACAUUACAAAUGGAGGUGUACUUCAUUUGGUAUUGAGAUUGAGAGGAGGAGGACCUGUAACCGAAGACGAAAGUGAUGGAAUGGAGAUGGGAUUGGGUGUUGGUGGAAGAAUUGAGCAAAAGAUUUAUAAGGAUCCUUUUGGAUUAUCGUUCUGGGAUUUGACUGCAGCUGGCAAAUGUUUCGUCCACAUUGUGAAUAGUGAAAUGUGGAAGAAAAUUACUGGAGAGGAGUGUCCACCUACUCCAAUCUCUAAGAAAACAUAUAAGGAGAAUAAUUAUCCAUGGUUUUCACUCUAUGACGAAGGAAUUGCUUCAUGCCAAGUUUCGGAUAAGCUUUCUAAUUUGACUUCAGUGGAUGAAAAGAAGGUUUCUUCUGGUAACUUCUUUGCCAAGAAGAAGAAAUAA